CGGCUCUGGGUUAAUGCUGACUGUUACAACCUGGUCAUGACGCGCUGUUUGCCCCGCAGACACAUUUUAUUCUGUAAAAGCAGCCGGCUAACGUUAGCCAGCUAGCUGGCUGUUAUUGUUUUUCAUGAGAACCAAAAUGGAGGAGCUUGGCUGCCGCUGCCUGUGUCCUACAGAGCCACUCCCGAGUCCUUGUUGGAAGCCCUCGCUGUAAAAUGUCUGCCCGGCUGCAGAAAGGAGAGGUUAUAUUUCGUUAUAAGUAAACAGUUUCCGAGUUGUUGUAUCGCAGACCUAACUAAACUAAGCGUGGAUUUCAAACAGGCUAUUGCGUCCACAUGGGAAGUCGGUGUGGCGCUGCAGGAUGAGAGGUGGUCGUGUUCGCCAUGACGCUGAGAUCCAAACAAUUUCCACAACCGGGAUUCAAACGUAAGGCUGACACGGAAGACUUGGGGGUCAACGCCGUGAGUCCUGUGAGCAUCAAGAGUGAGCCCUGCGACUUUGCUAUAGAUGUUCCGGACGUGCACAGGAGGGAGAUCCUAAGCAGAUCUAAGGAUUUAGAUCGGAGUUUCAUGACAAGCAAAGUUGCCCUCGCUGCCACAGCUCCAGAAACGGUUCAGGGAGACAAACCGGUGGGGAUAACGUCCCCUGUCAGACCAAUGGGGGGUGAGGGAACCCCUGUGAAAGGUAAACCCCUCUCUGUUGACAACAUGGAUAAUCCUCAGAUGGCAGUGAACAAUAAUCCAAAGGAUGCUGGUGCUGAUGAGAGCACAAAAGGGGUUGUUCCAGGAGUUCUGGGCACUGCUUCCAUUGAACUCUCAUCUGAAGGAAAGUGGAGGAACAUCAGGAAGACCCCUGCAAGUCCACAUGCACAGGCCAACUGCCUCCGACAGAUUCUCCUUCUACAGCUGGACCUCAUUGAACAGCAGCAGCAACAGCUGCAAUCCAAGGACAAGGAGAUUGAUGAGCUCAAGGCCGAUAAGGAGACGUUGCUUGCACGCAUCGAGCGUAUGGAGCGUCGCCUCCAGCUCACAAGAAAGGACACACCCCGAGAUAAGCGCCUUUUUCAACCCCUGGAGCCGUGGACCCCUGACAAAGAGGACAUGUGGGAUCUGGACAUAGAGGAGAGUCCACAGCCCAACGCGGCCACUCCUCUCUCAUUCAGUCGGGGAGGUAAAGGCCAAAAAAGGAAAUCUUGCUUCGGAGAUGCAAAGGUUCAGAAAUCCCGGGGCAAAAGUGCAAAGCUCAGCCCCCAGAAGUCUGAGAUGGAGCCAGGCUCUCCUAACCAAAGAGAGCUGCGCAGUAAGGAAACCCCAGAGAAGUCUGUCCCAGCCAGGUCCGGGUCAGAAAUUGACGUUUUGCUCCCUUGCAAAGAGGAGCCUGAGCUGAGCUGCCAGAUGGAGGAUCUGCCCUUCAUGUCAACCACAGAGAUGUAUCUGUGUUGCUGGAACCAACCUCCUCUGUCCCCUCUGCGUGAGACUUCCCCUAAAAAGGAGGAAGAGGUGGCCAGUGAGUGGACUCCUCAUGUAGUACAUGAUAUGCUGAUUGUUUUUCCCUCUUGGAGGGAAAACCACAUAGAGCCUUUGGAUGAGGAUGUCUUUAAUCUCCCCGAGCCGCUGGAUGACGGUGCGUUUCUGAAACGCCACGCAAAGCUGGAGCUGGACGAGAAGAGGAGGAAGAGGUGGGAUAUCCAGCGAAUCAGAGAGCAGCGCAUGUUCCAGCGUCUGCAGCAGCGCAUGAACAGGAAGAAGAUCGUCCAGGAGACCGAGCCCGAGCUGUCGUCCUUCUAUCCCGACACUGAAGAUGUUGAAGCUAUAGUGAUCACUCCCUUCUUACCUGUGGUUGCAUUUGGUCGGCCGCUGCCCAGACUUUCCCAGCAGAACUUCGAGCUGCCCUGGCUGGACGAACGAAGCCGAUGCCGCAUCGAGGUGCCUAAGAAACACACUCCUCACCGAACCUGUCGGAAGUGAACGCCGAACCAAUGAUAGCAGAGCUCUGCUGCUCCAUGCCUGGAUUAAAAAUUAGGCCACGAUUCGGUGUGGGGUGGUCAGUUAGUCGGUGUGUGCUACUGCUGUUGUUUUCAGUCUGUGGGACAUGAAACCACAGAGCACCAAAUCUCAUGCAGGAAACUGAAAAAAUGAGGCGGGAAUACAGUCAACAUGUUUGCAGCUGGUCUUUCAAGAGUUUAGAGCAUGUUUUUGUUCAACUGUGCCGUAAGACAUCAGAUUUUAUCACUCAAAGUUGGAGUUUCAGUCAGUUUUAAUGCAUAAUGUUCUGACAGGAUGACUCUUCCUCUAGGGUACGCUGGGGUGAAAUAUUUGUCAUUCUUUUAGGUAAAGAGGAGCCUGAAUUCUUCAUUAAAAGCAGUGCAGCCACAUUAUUCUUGCUGUGAGUAGCUUUUCUCCUUGCCUGAGUGGGGAAAAAGAAUUAAAUGCGACUGUAUCGUGCUGUGUGUUGCUCUUAUUGUUUGCACACAACUUUUAUCAAUGUUAACUGUGCUAUGGGAGUUUUGAACCAGCAUGAAUACAUAUAUAAAAAUAAUCUCAGUACUUGAGCCAGUUCAGCAUACAGAAACAGAUUUAAUCUGAGAGGCUCGUUCAUGAAAACAAAGGUGUGGAAAAUGACACACUUGGCUUUAAACUUAGAAAUCUGUUCCCUGGUUGUUGUUUAUUUUUGAUGUGAACUGCAUGGAUUGUUUACCUGUUGCAAAAAGAUGAUGGUGGCAUGGCUUCAGCCUAAGGUGAAGAAUAUUUUCUUCUCACUGAGUUACUAAAACUACUAAAAAAGUUAUUCUUGAAAGCAUGACGAGCGAAAAGCAGAGUUCUCGGAGAGUCCACUACUUUAACAAGCUCUGCAGCCGGAACAGCUUCUGCUUUGGUGAUUUCUUUCCAUUUCCAUCCUUAAAAACACGCUCGUGUUCAGUAAACAUUAGGCAGUUUAUGUGUAUGCAAUGCUCUCCUGAGUUGGAGAUGUUUUAGAUUAUUAAAAAGCUUUCUGCUGUAGUUCUAGCAACCUGUAUGCUUUUGAAUGCGCUGCCUGUUUCCCUCUCUGAGCUAAUCUCGCAAUCACAAUGAUAGAUUUCUGCAAGCAUCUGCUCGACGCGUUCUGUCGUCGAAGCGCGGUUUGGAAAAACAUGUUUUUUUUCUUUCACUGUACAUAGCUCUCAGAAACAGAUGUACAUAAAACAUGGCUGUUAUUUUUUUAUUAUUUAAUGUUGGAAUUGUUCAGUACAUCUAGUAUUGUUCUAUGACUGUAUGUUCACAAAUUGACAGUUUUGAAAGUUAGUUUUUUGGAAUAAAAUUAAUGUCUAUGACA